AAGAAGGCCACUUCAGAUGCGGUUAGCGUUAAGCAACCUCGUUGCCAGGAGAAAGCGAUUUUUGAAUUUGACUUGCCUUCUAUCAUUGCUGAUUUCCCAAAGGAACAUCACAGUUCCUCGUCCAGUUCGUUCUUGUCGUCAGCUGAAAAGAAAUACUGGCUGGUGGGAGAAAGUUCGUAAUACCUUUUCAGAUGCAAGGUUCAGGAAAACCUUCAGAGUAUCCCGGGAAACAUUUAAUUUCAUCCUAAACCGUAUUGCACCCUCACUUGUUCGGGAAACUGUGACGGAAGAACCAAUAACGUCAGCAAUGAGGCUUGCUAUUUGUCUGUACACACUAGGCAUAGGAGAUUAUCUCUAUACCAUUUCAGAAAUGUCUGGACUGGGUGUCUCCACUGUCUCCUCAAUCUGUCAGGAAGUCUGUCAAGUCCUGGUGGACCAUUUGUGAAAUGAGACUGUGUCAACUGACAUGCCCCAGACGGAAGAGGAGUUCAAACAAAAAAUUCUCGACAUGGAAGAAUUUUGGCAAUUUCCUUGCUGCUGGACAGCAAUAGAUUGUAGUCAUAUUCUCAUGAAAUGCCCACCUGGAGAACUUCAGGCAUGCAAAGAGUACCAUAAUUUUAAGAAUUUCUACUCUAUUGUCCUAAUGGCAAUGGUAGAUUCACAUUAC